UCGACCAAAACACCUUUUUUUUUGUUCAGGUCUUUUCUCUUAUUUUUUCAGAUGUCAUCGGCUGAUUGAAUAGCUUCGAAUGUUGAAGUUAAAUAUACUCAAAUCUUCAUCAACAACAAAUGGCAUAAAGCAACAAAUGGAAAAACUUUUCUGUCAUCAAUCCAAGUGCAGGAGAAGAAAUCUGUCAAGUAGAAGAAGGCACUAGAGUACGAAUCUCUAUAUGUUCCUCAUUGGUUCAUUAUCUAUUGUGAUUUUCAGGCUGAUGUUGAUAAAACAGUUGAAGCUGCUCAAACAGCUUUUGAUAUCGAAUCACCAUGGCGUAACUUAGAUCCUCUUUCUUUCUCUCAACAUAAGUCAAUAUGUAAAAAGUGGAAACACUUAACAAUGUUGAUUGUACUGAAACCAACUGAACAAACACCACUUAGUGCACUUUAUUGUGCUGCUCUUAUCGAAGAGAUUGGAAAGAAAAUACAAGAAGCAGCAACUAAAUCAAAUCUUAAAUUUGUUACACUUGAACGUGGUCAAGAUAAAUUAGAAUGUGUUAGUGAACGAGUUGAUAAUAAAGGUUGUUUUAUCAAAGCAACUAUUUUUAGUGAUGUAAUAGAUGAUAUGCAAAUUACUCGUGAAGAGAUAUUUGGUCCAAUAAUGUUAGUCUUAAAGUAUGAUUCAUAUGAAGAAGUUAUUAAACGAGCAAACGACACGACUUUUGAACUUGGUGCUGGAGUGAUAACUAGAGACAUAAGACGUGCUCUUGCGUUGGCUCAUCAAAUACGUCCUGACUCUAUUUGGAUAAAUACUUAUAAGGCUAUAUGUAAUCAAGUACUAUUUGAUGGCUUUAAAGAAUCAGGUCAGGAAAAAGAAUUAGGUCGAUAUGGUCUCGAAGCAUACUAUCAAAGUGAUCCUGAUAAAGCAAUUGAAGCUGCUGAAAAAGGUUUCCAAUAUGAUUCACCAUGGCUCGAUGUUCCUGUUCGAACUGCUCAUAGAGCACUUUUCACUCAUGCAGGUCAAGUAUGUUUUGCUGCAUCAAGAAUAUUUAUUCAUUCCACACUUCACGAUGCCUUUGUGUCUAAAAGUGUCGAAUUAGCAAAGAAACGUAUUGUUGGUGAUCCAUUUGAUUCUUCAACUGAACAAGGACCAUAG